AUGAUUAAACCUGAUAUGUAGAAAGUAAGUGAAAUUAAUUAGAAACUUUAAGAAUAAGUUGAUAGAAGGGAUUAAGAAAUGAAAAAAUUGAAUGAUGAGAUUAUUUAAUUAAGAGAUAAAAUCAAAUAAUUAUAAAAAGAGAAUUCAAUACUAUUAAAUUAAUAAUAAAAUAAUGAUUCUGAAAUGUAUAAAAUUAAAUUACAUGAAAUGAGAAUUGAUAAUUCAGAAUUGAAAUCAUAAAUUGAAUAAUUAAAAAAUGAAAUAUCAAAGUAUAAAUUAGAAAAAGAAGAUGAUUCAAGAUUUAAUCCUAAAAAAUAAAAAACUGAAACUAUAGAUAGUGAUUAUGAAAAUGAUUUAUAAGAAAUCUCUUAAUUCAAAUUAAAAUAUGAAUAAUAAAUCAAAAAUCUUAAGAAACAAGCUGAAGAAAAGAAAUAAUAAUAAAAUUAACCUAAUCAAAUAUAAAUUGAUGAAUUGAAAGAAAAUUAUGAAAAUAAAAUAAAAUUACUUUAAAAAUAAAUAAUAUAAUUAUAAUAAUAAGAUAAUUCUGAAGAAAUAAGAGAUUUAAAAAUCUAAAAUCAAUAAUUAUUAAAAAAAUUAGAAAAAAUAAAAGAUGAUAAGAAUAAAAAUGAAUUAAUAUAAUAAAAAAAUGAUGAAAUUGAUUUAUUAACUGAAUUGAAUGAAGAAUUAACUAAAGAAAAUUAACGAUUAAUAAAAUAAUUUAGAGAUUUAAAAUCACAGAGUGGUGCUUCAAGUGCUUAGUAAAUAAAAGUAUUAGAAGAAUAAAAUAAAUUAUUAGAAUCAAAAUUAGAAUAAUAUCAUUCAUUAAUAUAAGAAUUAUUUAAUAUAAUUGAUAAGGUUAAGAUUGAAAAAUAGAAAUUAUUAGAAUUCUCGGAAAUGAAGUUUAAAUAGAAAGAGGAUCUUGAAGAUGUCAAAAUGGUUGCUGAAAUCAGAACAAUAUAAACUUAAUUAUUGAAAGGAAUGUUGAAAGAAAAUUAAGCUUAAUUAAGUGAAUUGAUAUCUAAUAUAACGCAAAUGCGUCAGGUUCUCUAAAAAUCAAAAUCAUUAAAACUUUGA